AUCUUUGUGAGGACAACUUUAUGAAAUGCGCAGAGGAGAGUCUCUCACUGUAAUUGCGCUUAACAUGGUAAAAUUCAGAUCUUCCUAAAAAUAAUCGGCUUUCUAUCUUAGAAAGACUUAAACUGAGAAGUUCGUCGUCGGUGAUCAUUCCAUCUACGUCACUGCACUGUUGUUCGAAGAAGAAGAAUGGCCGGAGGAGUUAGGAAGGUAUCAGCAGCAUCGGCAAGGGCUCACACUAGGAGAGCUAGGCAACGCUCUUCCUUCAAGCUUCCUUCAGGGAUCUUUGCAAAGAUACUAGUGGUCUUGUUUGCGGGGAUUGCGGCCUGGGCUUAUCGAGUAAUCCAACCUCCUCCACCCAAGAUAUGUGGCUCUCCAGAUGGACCCCUGGUCACAGCACCAAGAAUAAAGCUAAGGGAUGGAAGAUACUUAGCCUACAAAGAGCAUGGUGUCCCAAGAGAUGUAGCCAAGUAUAAAAUUGUCUAUGUCCACGGCUUUGACUCUUGUAGGCAUGAUGCUGUUGUUGCCAAUACCCUAUCCCCGGAAAUUGUUGAAGAUUUAGGGAUAUACAUUGUGUCUUUUGACAGACCAGGAUAUGGAGAGAGUGAUCCUAAUCCCAAACGAACAGUAAAAAGCAUGGCUUUAGAUAUAGAGGAACUUGCUGAUCAAUUGGAACUGGGAUCCAAAUUCUAUGUAAUUGGCUUUUCUAUGGGAGGGCAGGUGAUUUGGAGCUGCCUCAAGUAUAUACCUCAUAGGUUGGCAGGAGCGACACUAUUGGCUCCAGUUAUUAACUAUUGGUGGCCUGGUUUUCCUGCAAACUUAUCUAAAGAAGCCUACUAUGAGCAAUUGCCACGGGACCAAUGGACACUUCGUGUUGGACACUAUGCCCCUUGGCUUACCUAUUGGUGGAAUACCCAAAAGUGGUUUCCAGCAUCUAGUGUUAUAGCUCACAGCACCGAUGUUCUUUCUCACCAUGACAUAGAACUUUUGCCUAAGCUUUUAGUGAGAAGGGAUUAUAUGGCACAAGUGAGACAGCAAGGAGAAUAUGAAUCCCUGCACCGUGACAUCAUAGUUGGAUUUGGAAAAUGGGAGUUUGAUCCCAUGGAUCUGGAAAAUCCAUUUCCCAACAAUGAGGGAUCUGUGCACAUUUGGCAUGGGAAUGAAGAUGCAAUGGUGCCCGUGGCACCUCAACGAUAUAUUGCUCAACGACUCCCGUGGAUUCAUUACCAUGAGCUACCUGGUGUGGGCCAUAUGUUUCCACAUGCUGAUGGGAUUUGUGACAGUGUUAUCAAAGCAGUUCUUAUUGGAGACAAGUAGCCUGUCUUCAUAGGGAUGGAAAACUGAAACUUUGGGGAGCAAAAGGCAAAAGGAGGCUUGGAUUUUGUUAGUGGUAACAUUUGAUCCUUACACAAAUAUUUGCAGACUUUGCGUUAUGUUUAAAUUAAUGAAAGUUGAACAGCAGGCAGCAAUAGUUUGUUUGCAGACAGGAAGAAAAAACAUUAUGAACUUGCUUUUUUUUUUUUUUUUGGACGGAUGCUACUGAAACAAAGUGAAACUUGUGUGUUUGAACUUUGAUAUUGUUCAUAGGGAUGGCCCUGCCAAGUUUUAA